CGGCUUUCUUGUGGCAGCUGACGUAACUUUUGUGCCUAUCGCCGUGCAAAAGUGUAAGUUGCAGAGCCAUUGUAAAGGGGGGGAUUGGAAAGAACAAUGAAGCUCUGCGCGUACUGCGAAUCGCAUAUCCUCGACAGUCAGCAGUCUUGGGGUACACAUCACGAAUCCUACGCUUUACUAAAGCAUGCCUCUAACAACAGAUGUUUGUUCUGCUAUACACUGCAGGAAGAUAUAGCGACUUUCGCACCGGGAUUAAAAGAGCUAGGGGGAGAAAAUUUUUGGCCUGUGUAUCGAUGGAGUAUUCGAAGUCUGGCGAAGAUAAGGGAGAGUUUAGAGACUGUGGUUGUUAGGUUUAGACCGAUUCCGCGACCUGCAAAUGGCGACGAGAAUUUGGAAUUGAGGACAAAAGCAGAGGAUGCAGAGGAACUGCCUACAAGGACGUUCUUUUUCUUUCCUGAAGAGGCCCUCAAGCCUCUUCCCACCAUCGAAGAACUUGGUUCAUCUACCGACCCAGCAAUCUCAGGUGGACACCAUAUUGCACGGUGGAUCGAGAUAUGCAACACAACGCACCCGGGGUGCCACAAAAGUCGCAAAGGCCAAUCCUCCUCGGAGCGUUUCAUUCCGACGCGUCUUCUUGACAUUAGCGGGCCGCCCGAAAGUCCAAUCCGUGUGGUCGAAACCAAAUUAACACCCAUUAACGGCCCGUAUGUCUCGCUCUCGCAUUGCUGGGGCGUGAAAGAAUUCAUCACACUGCGUACGGGAACCCUUGAUCGCUUCAAGACCGAAGGCGUGCCUUGGGAUCUCUUUCCUAAGAACUUCCAGGAGGCGAUCGAAGUGGCUAGGUUUUUGAAUGUGGGACACAUCUGGAUUGAUUCGCUAUGCAUUAUUCAAGGCCCAGAUGGAGACUUUAAGGAUGAAGCGAAUAAAAUGCACCAGGUGUAUCGGAACAGUUAUUGUAACAUUGCGAUUGUUGACUCUAUGGACAGCACGGGGGGCGUGUUCCGGAGGCGAGAGCCUAAAGAUGUCGUGCCCGUGAGGUAUCAGUCGGAAACGCCUUCAGCCAUGUUCGGAAGCAAGGCAUGGAGAGUCGUGUCAGAGCACCUGUGGGAAAGCGAGUUGUUGCAGACGUUCCUGUAUCGUCGGGGUUGGGUGUUCCAGGAACGCAUGCUGGCGCCGCGUAUUUUGCAUUUCGCUCAUCGGCAGAUCUUCUGGGAUUGUCCUGCGAUGAGUGCCUGCGAAUCCCUUCCUGGGGGUUUGCCACAGCCGAUGGAUGGAGCGGCAGGCACGGACCGACAUUGGCGCGGACGCCUCCAAGAAUCCGGACAAACCCAUGAACCGUUAACCGGUGCGAACGAUGACUCUCUCGAGUUCUUCUGGAAAACCGCAGUCCGUAAAUACACCAACUGUGCGCUAACUAAAGGCGCCGAUAAAAAGAUUGCUAUGUGGGGGAUUGCGAAGCUUGUGCGAGAUGAGAUGGGCGUAGCGUAUGGAAAUGGCUUGUGGCAGCAGAAUUUGGAGGACCAACUUACAUGGAGGGUUGCAAAAACCACACUCGAAUUGCGUCCAAGCGAAUCAACGGCAUGGAAUCUCGAGAGGAAAAUACCUUCAUGGUCGUGGGCUUCGAUGGAUGGUGAAAUAGUGGUACCCGACUUUCUGCUCACUGACGUGCCUCACUUUACGGUACGGGACCAUUAUCGCCGUCCAUUGGCAUUUGAUCUAAAGGGCGUCAAACGAUGUGCACCUCCUCCGGAAAGCGAGAGAGAAUCGCCAGCAUAUACUAGGGGGAUGAGUGAUACUAAUGUCCAGCUUCAGAGACGACGCGAGGAGCUGGAGAGAGAGCGAGAAAACGAAGUAGACCAGCAAGGACAGCAGAGGACUAGAAGUCCGGAGAAGAUAGACGUGGAUUCAGACGCAGAACCAGAAUUCUACAACGAAUCAAUUCAAAUCCAGGGACAUGUGGGUCGUGGCCAACUAGUAUGGGACGACAUGAAGAAGAAGUGGUUGCUUAAGCUGGAUGGACUUUCUGGAGUAGAAAUCGAAGCCUUUCCUGAUACAAAGCCUAAGCUAAAAAAUCCAGUGGAUAUGGAGCCAUAUUUCGUCGUUUUGUCAGCCAAAAAGGUCAACAAUCCCAGCAAUACACCUCAAAGGGACAAAUCAGGGGAGCUUCAUGAUAUCCAAGAAGGGGAUGAAUAUGAUAGUGACAACGAGCCCGAAGGAGCGAUCGACGAAGCCGAUAUCCUCAUCUCUGGCGUUGGGAUCCUCCUGAAGGAUGUUGGGAAUUAUCACUUUCAUAGGACUGGCGCACUACGUUUUCGCGAAGUCGAUCCUAAUGCUUGGAGGAGGUUGCAGGAAACGCAUAGAAGUGAGGGGCUGCCACCCGAUAAAUACCAUGCUCUGUAUGGCUUGAAGUUCUGGUUGGAUUGAAAACUUGAGGGAAGGUCAGCGCUAAAGGUAUUUGAGGUUACAUAUGAAGCUUAGUUCCAGGCUCGGGUGCCAUUCCGGAACAUCAAACGUGGCGCUCGCACCUCCUGUGGGGAUUCCAUUGCAGUCAUGGUCCUGGAAAUCUUGAAGGGUGUGAUCUUGGGUGGCUCUUCAGAGACAGUUGUCAGCCCAAAGUGAAUCUCACGACUUGGGCCCUUUUUGGGCGCCUCGUCAAUAGUCAACUGUGUAUUUGCGC